AUGACCUUUUAAAUUCAUUAUUUUUAAAUUGCUUCAAAAAAAAUUGGAAAAUUCUUCAUCAGAAAACUUUGUCUCCAAUAUAAUCUUUAUAUAUCAGAAAUUAUCAGAUUUAUUAUUAUUAUCAUAAUUUGCAUCAUCAGAAUUAAUGCAUAAUUUUCUGCAUUUUCUGAUCGUAUAUAUAUUCAAAAAUUUUCUAAUUAAAACUCAUUAAUUUAUAAAUAUACAUUCAGCAAAAACAAAAAAAUGACUGAACAACUUAACAAUCAAACCUAAAUCACAUUGAUGACUGAAAGAUAUAAUGAAUAAUACGAAAUUAAUAAAGAAACAGAAAUCAAAAUGCAAAAAGGAUUAAAAAAAGAUUUGACUGAUUGUGUCACAAAAGUGGUUGGAGAAGUGGCUAUGAAAGUUUGCUUUGCUUUAACAGUUGCUUUUUGUGUUGGAUGUUGA